AGAAAACGCGUCCACUGAGAAGGAAGGGGUGGCCGCCAUGGCCCUAUCCGCUGAGACAACGCGAGAACGGACACAACUAACUGGCAGAUUCUAGACCUCGGUGUUUCCGCGUCCUUCUACGCUUCGCUCCCACUCUUGCCGAUCCUGCGCCCGAGGGAGAGCCGGAAAGGCCCCUCUGAUCAACAGCUGAAAUGCAUAAAAGCAGGGGGCAGAGUAGAAGACAUGGGAGAAGGAGCCACCGACACAACCCUUGGUUCAGACAGCAUGGUUCUAAUGAGAGGAAUAAUACAAGGGUACAGCAAAGCCCACAGGGUUCCAGCCACAGCGAUGAUGAGGCCCCGUCGACCUCCUCGAGCACAACGGGCAGCUCUUCUGUGCCAGAUCUACCAGGUUAUUACUUUGACCCUGAAAAGAAACGCUACUUCCGCUUGCUCCCUGGACAUAACAACUGCAACCCCCUCACGAAGGAGAGCAUCCGGCAGAAGGAAAUGGAGAGCAAAAGGCUGCAGCUGCUAGAGGAAGAGGACAAGCAGGGAAAGAAAACAGCCAGGUUGGGAUUUAAUGCAUCUUCCUUACUACAAAAAAGCAAGCUGGGUUUUCUCAACGUCACCAGUUACUGCCGUUUAGCCCAUGAGCUGCGAGUGAGCUGCAUGCAGAGGAAAAAGGUCCAAAUUCAGAGCUCGGAUCCCUCCGCUUUGGCAAGUGACCGAUUUAACCUGAUACUGGCGGAUACCAACAGUGACCGGCUCUUCACCGUGAACGAUGUCAAAGUCGGGGGCUCCAAGUAUGGCAUCAUCAACCUGCGUGGCCUGAAGACCCCCACGCUCAGGGUGCACAUGCAUGAAAACCUCUACUUUACCAACCGGAAGGUGAAUGCUGUGAGCUGGGCCUCGCUGAAUCACCUGGAUUCCCACAUUCUGCUGUGCCUCAUGGGAAUUGCAGAGACUCCAGGCUGUGCCACCCUGCUCCCAGCGUCAUUGUUUGUCAGUAGUCAUCCAGCAGGAGACCGGCCUGGCAUGCUCUGCAGUUUCCGGAUCCCCGGGGCCUGGUCCUGUGCGUGGUCCCUGAACAUCCAGGCAAAUAACUGCUUUAGUACAGGCUUGUCUCGGCGAGUCCUGGUGACCAGCGUGGUGACGGGACACCGGCAGUCAUUUGGGACCAGCAGUGACGUCUUGGCCCAGCAGUUUGCUGUUAUGGCUCCUUUGCUGUUUAAUGGCUGUCGUUCCGGCGAAAUCUUUGCCAUUGAUCUCCGUUGUCGAAAUCAGGGCAAGGGCUGGAAAGCCACCCGCCUGUUACAUGACUCAGCAGUUACCUCUGUGCAAAUCCUGCAAGAGGAGCAAUGCCUGAUGGCAUCCGACAUGGCUGGAACGAUCAAGCUGUGGGACCUGAGGACCACUAAGUGUAUUAGGCAGUACGAAGGGCACGUGAACGAGUAUGCCCACCUGCCCCUGCACGUGCAUGAGGAAGAAGGAAUCGUGGUGGCAGUCACUGGUAUUGCACCUCUGGUGAAGAGCCUUUGCCACUAUUCUGUACUAUUUCAAUGGAGCUGUGGCUAUUCAGUCCAACUUUGAUCUCACAGACAGUGGAGACGACUGACUACUCAGAAUACCUGGACUGGACAAUACAAGAGAAAACAGGAAAAUAAAACAGCUCUUACUCCAGGCCACACAUGCACAAUCUCUGUCCGCACCACUGUAUCCACAGGAUCUUGGUUUCCAAACCAGUACUGCCGGCUACGAUAGACCACGCCACAGUUGGGACAUUCAAUUACGUACCUACAAGGAAGGCAAAUAGAUACUGUAACCCCACCAGGUGCCUGGAGAGACAAACACACCAAACAACCGGUAGCUGAAACUCACCCAGACCAGGCAUAUUUUGCGAGACCCAUCCAGGGGGAGUCGGUGGAAGCAGCCGUCUUGGGCACCACGCUGACUUCGUUGCCUCUCUCGUAGCAGGCCUGAAACAUGGAGCACUCUGCCAGCUUCUACUCUGUCCACCAGACCCCCUGGCCUCUCCACAUCCCUGUCCAGCCCCACUGCCCACAAACCACACCAGCGGAGGGUUUACAGACCCUGAGUUUAGCACAGCAGAAGGUCUUUCUCUAAAGAGGUCAGUGCCCUAAUAUAUACAAUGGAAUAUUACUCAGCCAUAAAAAGAAACAAAAUUGAGUUAUCUGUAGUGAGGUGGAUGCACCUAGAGUCUAUCAUACAGAGUGAAGUAAGUCAGAGAAAAACAAAUACCAUAUGCUAACACAUAUACAUGGAAUGUAAAAAAAGAAAAAGAGAAAUGGUUCUGAAGAACCUGGGGGCAGGACAGGAAUAAAGACACAGACGUAGAAAAUGGACUUGAGGACACGAGGAGUGGUAAGGGUAAGCUGGGACGAAGUGAGAGAGUGGCAUGGACAUAUAUACACUACCAAAUGUAAAAUAGCUAGCUAGUGGGAAGCAGCCACAUAGCACAGGGAGAUCAGCUUGGUGCUUUGUGACCACCUAGAGGGGUGGGAUAGGGAGGGGGGGAGGGAGACACAAGAGGGAGGAGAUAUGGGGACAUAUGUAUAUGUAUAGCUGAUUCACUUUGUUAUAAAGCAGAAGCUAACACACCAUUGUAAAGCAAUUAUACUCCAAUAAAGAUGUUUAAAAAAAAACCUCGGGCUUCCCUGGUGGCACAGUGGUUGAGAGUCCGCCUGCCGAUGCAGGGGACAUGGGUCCGUGCCCCGGUCUGGGAAGAUCCCACAUGCCCCGCGGCUGGGCCCGUGAGCCAUGGCCGCUGAGGCUGCGCGUCCGGAGCCUGUGCUCCACAACGGGAGAGGCCACAACAGUGAGAGGCCCGCAUACCGCAAAAAAAAAUAAAAUAAAAUAAAAUAAAAAAUAAAAAAAAAAA